UUGUUUUGGUUCGAUUAUCAAUUUUGAAGCUUGAGUUGAUCUAAUUAAUAUCAUGGAUAUUAGACCGAAAUGUGAUAUUCUGGAGGUGCUAAAGAAUCCUAAGAAUGGAAAGUUCUGCUGUGUUGUUGCUCCCAUGGUUCGUUAUUCUAGACUGGAAUUCAGGUCAUUAGCAAGGAAUUAUGGAGCUGAUAUAUGUUUUACGCCAAUGACAAUAGCCAAUUCAUUUAUUAGAAGCGAGAAAUGCAGACAGGUAGAGUUCACAACCAAUUUUGAAGAUAAUCCAGUCAUAGCUCAAUUUGCAGCUAAUUGUACGACUGAUUUCCUUUAUGCUACUCAAAUGAUCCAGAACUAUGUCAAUGGAGUUGAUUUAAACUGUGGAUGUCCACAAAAAUGGGCUAAAGAAGACGGCUAUGGAUGUUAUUUAUUAAAGAAAUCGGAAGUCAUUGAGGAUAUGAUGAAAACAGUCAGAAGAAACACACCAUCAGACUUUUCAGUAUCUAUAAAAAUCAGGCUGUUAACAAAGGAUAUUAAGAAUACAGUUGUGCUUUGCAGGCAGCUACAGUCAUUAAAUGUUUCAUUUAUAACAGUUCACGGAAGAACUCCAAGUGAGAAGUCGUCAUCAGAUAAUCCAGUAGACUAUGAGGCAAUAGCUGAAAUCAAGAAAUCCUUAAGCAUUCCUGUAAUAUUUAAUGGAGAUGUUUCGUCUCUGGAUGAAGCCAAUAAAUUUUACGAGCACACAAAAUGCCAUGGAUUUAUGUCAGCAAGAGGAAUGUUAGCGAAUCCAGCACUAUUCGCUGGUUAUAAGGAGACACCACUUUCAUGUAUUCAAGACUGGAUAGACAUACAUCAUCAACAAAACGAUCGAAUGACAUUUCAAAAUUUUCAUCAUCAUUUAGUAUUCAUGAUGGAAAGCAUGCUGAAUAAAGCUGAAAGAAAUCUGUUCAAUGACUUUACGAAGAAAAAGCAAUGCUUGGAAUUUUUAGAAGAAAGGUUCUCGUUGACACCAAAACCUAUAAAUUUUCCACAAAAUACUUUGUGCACAUACGAUGACAGUAACUACAAGCAGCUUAUUAGCAAUGAAGAAUUUUGGAGGAGUUCGUACACAUCAGAAUCAAGUCAUGGGCAGUUCUUUUUAAGUAAGUUGCAUAAAAUAAAAACAAAAAAUGAUGACUACCUUGAAUUUAUGGACAAUUGCUCCGAUUUAUUUUCAUAAACAAAUUCUUAUCGCUGGAAAUGAACAGCUUUUGAAAAUUUGGAAAUUUGUAACUUAAAUAAUUCAAAUCGAAAUUUGAACUUAAUUAAUAACGAAUUUUCUAAAUUUAAAAGUCAUCUACUGAAAAUUCAAAAAUUGAGGUUCAAAAUAACGAACUUUUUAAAUCCUCGCCGAUUUAAACAAAUCCCAAUUUUAAUCCAAGAUUAGAAAGCCAUCCAUUUAUAAGCGAGUGUCUAGGUACAAAAUAAAUAAAUUCUAUCACCGGCAAAACAUAACAAAAACGAACAUUUUUCAAUAAAAAAAUUAAAAAUUUAUAAAACUA